GUCAUCGACCCGGCCGGAGGUGGCCAGUAUCGAGCCGCUGGGUGCGGAUGAAGCGCAGUGCUCCCAGAAGGCAGUGGUGCAGGCCCGCCUGUCCCAGCCUGCCCGCCUGACCAGCAUCAUCUUCGCCGAGGACAUCACCACGGGCCAGGUCCUGCGCUGUGAUGCCAUCGUCGACCUCAUCCACGGCAUUCAGAUAGUCUCCACUACCCGAGAACUCUACCUGGAGGACUCACCCCUGGAGCUGAAGAUCCAGGCUCUGGACUCUGAAGGGAACACAUUCAGCACUCUGGCUGGGCUGGUCUUUGACUGGACGAUCAUGAAGGACACGGAGGCCAAUGGGUUCUCGGACUCCCACAAUGCCCUGCGAAUCCUCACGUUCUUGGAGUCCACGUACAUCCCUCCUUCCUACAUCUCUGAGAUGGAGAAGGUGGCCAAGCAGGGGGACACCAUCCUGGUGUCCGGGAUGAAGACUGGCAGCUCCAAGCUCAAGGCGCGCAUCCAGGAGGCCGUCUACAAGCACGUGCGCCCUGCAGAGGUCAGACUGCUGAUUCUGGAGAACAUCCUUCUGAACCCAGCUUACGACGUCUACCUGAUGGUGGGGACCUCCAUUCGCUAUAGGGUGCAGAAGAUCAGGCAAGGAAAGAUCACAGAGCUGUCAAUGCCUUCUGAGCAGUAUGAGCUCCAGCUUCAGAACAGCAUCUCGAGCCCCGAGGGAGACGUGGGCCGGCCCGUGGCCGUCUUGGACCAGGACACAUCGAUGGUCACCGCUGUGCAGCUGGGACAGAGCAGCCUGGUCCUGAGCCACAGGAGUAUCCGCAUGCAGGGUGCUUCCAGGUUACCCAAUAGCACCAUCUACGUGGUUGAACCCAGAUACCUGGGUCCUCCUGUGAACCACCAUGUGAGCUUGCUGAUCGGUGCGGACCUGAGCUGACAAUGUGG